CGCGCCCGGGGCAUUAUAUAUCCGUCUCUGGAUCUAGCAGAUCACAGCCCCGCAUUGAUCGCGUCCCGUCUCCACACUUGGCUACUCACAUCUCCCUGUACUGUGAUCGCUAGCUAGCUUCGCGCGUUCCCAUGGCCAGCCUGGUGCACCAGACGGCGGCGCCGAUGGCGUGCAGCGACGACGACUUCAUGCCGCAGAGCUUCGGGUGCUUCGGGCGGUCGCUGUCUCGGGCGUCGUCGGCCCGGCGGCUGGAGUACAGGGCGCUGAGCGGCGAGGGCGGGGAGGAGAUCAGGCGCAUCGCGCAGGAGGAGCGGUCGGCCAGGGCGAAGCUGCGGUGGAAGGCGGUGGCGCAGGAGAUCAUGGCGAGGAGGAGGGGCCUCGGCGGAGGCGCGGCGCGGAGGAGGAAGGCCGGGUUCAGCUACGACUCCAAGAGCUACGCGCUCAACUUCGACCAAGGCGCCGCCGCCGAGUAGCUAGCGAGCGAGCGAUCAGAUCGCUGGCGAUCGAGAUGCAGCUAGCGCCUAGCGUGCGUGGCUGGAGCUACGGCCAGCCGGCCGGCGACCGUGCCGGCGGGGGAACGGGGCGGCCAUGGCGUUGUGGAGGUCUAGUUUUGGUGCCGGAUCUUUCUUGUGUUCUUUGGUUGGUUGUUAUUCUUGGUUGAGAAUUGAGAUGGUGUGUGCAUGCACUGACGGGAGUUGGCUGAUGCGUCCUGGCAUACGUAUAUUCAUGUGCUGUAAUAAGACGACCUGCUACAUGUUUGGAAGUAUAAAUUCACUGCGUUACGUACUACUCCCUCUGU